AUGAAGAUUAACUUUUUACUUGUUUUGUUAUUGGGGCUAUUGGCUGUAUCCUAUGGAUUCCAGCUCCGUGGAAGAAAUCGCGGAGGCAGCCGUGGAGGAGGAGGAAAUAGGGGAGGAGGUGAUGAUGAUAACGAUGAUGACGGAGAUGAUGGGGAAGAGGAAGACGAUGGCGGACGUCGGGGACGUCUCCCUAGACUUAUAGUUGAGGUGAUUGCCAGAAGAAUUCAACAACAGCUCCAAGAAUGCAGCGCACCAGAAUUGGAGCAAUCUGUGACGACAUAUAGAGAUGCUUUCGCUGGUUUAUCUAUGCUUCUCCUCGCCGACUGUAGCGGUGAUGGAUACACAGGACCAACACCUCCAGGACCCUCAGGGUCACCACCAACAGGACCCCCACCACCACCCCCUUCUACUGGUAACCCUCCUGUAGCCUCCAGUGUCGUCCCCGCCCGUGAGUUUGACGAUAAAGUUGUCCGGGAACUGCUUGCUUACUUGGAAAGGAAGGGGAACUAAAAAGACCUUAAUUAGUAUCAGACACAGAACACCCCAA